GGACAGCAACACACAGCCAGAGCCGGGGCGCUUCAGAGAGGGGCAGAGAGACAGCAAGAGAGAGGCGAGCGCUCCUUCACAGAGCAACCACAAAGCAACUGCCAUACUGGAGACAGCAACACACAGCCAGGGCUCGGGGUCUCUGGUAGUCUCUUUGGCAGUCUAAUAGCCGGCCAGUCAGUCAGUCCGGUAGCAUGCCCAGGCUAUGAACGAUGGCCGAGUGGAACUGGGUGCCCGUAGUCUUCGCUAUCCUGAGACUGUGCUGCAGCGUGGCAGGACAGGACCUGCGCCCCCCGAGGAACUUGACUGUCGUUUCUGUGAACACCCGGGUGGUGCUGCUCUGGGCACCCCCUGAAGGAGCCCCGCAGGCAGUCCAGUACAACGUCCUGUACAAAAGAUAUGACUCCAAGAAGAAGUGGAACAAGGAGAAGGGCUGCCAGCGGACAAACUCCACAAGCUGUGAUCUGUCCAACAAACUCACGCAGCGCGAGGCCUUUUACCUGGCCCGGGUCCGGACAGUCUUUCAGAACUGGACCUCAGACUGGGCCAUCACAAAGAGAUUCCAGCUCCGUGACACUGUGCUGGAGCCCCCUGGGUGUGACGUGACAGUGACAGUGCACUCCUUUCUAGUCAGGCUGAGCCUGAAGACCAGUGACACGCUGCUCGAGCAGUAUCCCUCAGGACUGAAGUUCAGCAUCCACCUGCGACACGGACACCAGGACAGCAAGAAGUUCGUCCUGAAGGAAGAUGAGAUGGAGAUGGAGUUAGAGAAGUAUGUGCAGGGAGGGGAGAGCUACUGCGUCAGCACUGCUAUCCAGGACAUCUCAGGACUCGGGACGUGGCUCUCUGAAGAGAAGUGCGUGCUCGUGCCAAUUCCAGAGAGCCCAGUCACCUCGCUGGUGAUCGUUUUCUCUGUGCUGGGCCUGCUGACACUGCUGAGCCUCUCCCUGCUGUCUCUCCACCUGGUUCUCAAGAGGCCGGCCGCCCUGCCCUCUGUGCUGAAGUCUCUGAGAAUCCCGGAGUCCGGCUGGACGCCUCUGGUGGUUGGCGACGUUCCAUUGGAGAGGGUGUUUUUUUUCUCGGAGCGGAUGUGGUUCCUCACGGAAGGGAAAGAUGAGCGUGGCAGCUGCAACAGCGGCGUGAGCCUGGAGCAGUGCCUCCUGGAGGCACCGAGAGGCAGUGCGAGAGGAGGAGGAGGAGAGGGGAGGGGAGAGGCCAACGGAUCCACCGCGGGGCUGCAGAAGGACACAGACAGUGGUUGUGUGAGCCUUGGCCAGUGUUCUCUGGAGGAGGGGAAGUGUGGUGACAGUGGGACCAGCCUGGGGCAGGGCGGCCUCCUCAAAGAGGACAGUGGGGUGAGUGUGGGACUGAGCCCCCUCCUAGAGAACACUGAGGUGCUGGAGUGCAGCAUACAGGUGCAGGACUGUGGCUAUCGCAGUCAGCUGCCUCAGACGCUGCUGCUCAGCUUGCCCGAGCCAAUGGGAGACAGCCACAGUGACUGUGAGGGCUACAGACCUGGCUUUAGAGGCUGUGUGUGUUCUGGGAGUGGAGACUGCUUCCUGUGCAGGCUGGAGGGACAUUGUGGACAGCAGGACACUGGGGACAGUGGGACAGGGCAGCUCAGACUGGAGACUGAAGGAGUUCAGAGUGUGAGAGAGGAGAGCGAGGAGGACAGGCAGAGCCAUGCUGCAGGAGGCCGGAAGGAGCUCCUUGCCUGUGUCCAGAAUGCAUUGCAGCACUUCUCCAAUGGGUACCUGAAGAAGACAGCCCCCAGACUGCAGCCCUGUGAGUGGGAUGGGGCGGAAUCCCUCGGAUUUGGAGUACAAGGGGGCACGGACUCAAGCGAGCCAGGCCUGACCCCUGCACACAGCCACUCUGUUUUGGGGUCUGGCCGGGACACCCCACUUCUCUUCUCCGCAUCCCAGCUUCCUUUCCUGGGUGUGCAGAGUGAGGUCCUUCCAGGGCAGCGUCUGUCUUUAACUGCAGUGGAGUUGACAUUUAACUGAUGCCCAGACUCCUGGGUGAUAGAUUUACAUGGAUUUGAUCAACAAUGCUGACUCAUGGCAAUUUGAAUGUAGGUUUGAAAUGGUGGCAGCUUUGGGAUUCCCCUUUUUUAUUUGUUGCUUGUAUUUUUUGUUUCAUUUGAAAUGUGAAAAAUCCCAGAUCGCCACAUGUAUGGCUGUGUAAAUCCAAGGACUUUUAGAAUGCCCCCCAAAAUCCGAACAUCAGAAAUGAUCCGAUACAGGGUUGUUUUAUACGCUACUGUGUAGGUAUAUUGACUGAGUCUUUGCAAUUACACAGGUAUACAAACACGGGGAUCAGAGGACUGAUGUACCACAGCUUCUGUAUGCUUAGCAAUGCGUUUUCUCGAGACUGACCAAGAGAGGGGAGCAGGCUUUGUGAAUGUACUUUAAUUGCCUUUAGCUGAAUGCGGAGAUCCUACUAGUUAGCUAAGGGACACUGGCUUGCUGUUCAUCACACUCUGAGAUUCAGAGCCUUCACUGCAGGGAAUCAUUCUGAAAAGAUGCCUGAACCCCAGAGGAUAAUGUAAUCCAAUGACAUCCUCAGGGAAUAUGGUAACAAUGUAUAUUAGGUGUCUCUCGCGACACAGUAAUUACACUGCAACACAGUAAUACACAAAGCAAUAACACAAUAAUAACACAGACACAGCAAUAAACCAACACACAGUAAUAACACAAAGACAGUACUAAACAAACAUAGAGCAAUAACACAAUAACACAGUAAUAACACAAGUACACAGUAAUAACACAAUAAUAACACAUGAUGUUACAAUGCAGCAACAUUGUUAAUUACAAAAUGAAUUCUAUUAGUUGCCAGCGUCCUGUGUAACUAUACUGUUUGUAGUCUGUGUAUUUACAAUGUAAUAACUCUGUGACCAGCGGUGUAAUUACAGUGUAAUUACAGUGCAUUUGAAUGUAAAAUGUCACCUGAAAUAUGCAGAGAGCAAGCAAAAAAAAAAAAAAACCACUUCCUUGCUAAAGUACACGUUUGUGUCUGUGAUCUCACUGUCAUUACACAGCAGCAGCACACGCGGUGACCUGGUCAUUACAAUGUAAAUAAACACCCCAGAGUGGAACUAGUGUGUUAUUGCACUGUACUGGACAAAGUGUCUGCCGAUGUGUGUAUGAAGAUUGGGUUAGGGUGCGUUUACCAAGACCAGGGCGUUGAUUUCCUUGUGUGAUCGUCUGCAGUGCCAGUGUUUCACAGUGUAGAGGACCGGGACUCGUUUCUUUGCACAUGUGCAGCAUGUCUGUUGCUUGUUGUUUAUUUAUUUUGUAAAUAUGUAAUUACCUUGAUAUUUAUUAAUACAGUUUGUAUAAAAUUCCUGUAUGUUUCACGAGUGGACUUUGUGACUCUCUUUCACAAUCUGAAAGCUAACAGUUUCCAUUUC